AUGGUGUCUGGGAAAUGGUCAAAUCAUCAAACACGCCUGCGGCGAAAGCGUCCCUUCCCCAGUUAUACGUCUUGUCUUGCUUUCUCAACCAUUUCCGUGACUGCAGUCGCUUUUUGUGUGAUUUAUUUGCUCUUCCAUACCGUCGCCCUUCACGUACUGAGUAAUUUAGGCAGGGAGAGUGAUCAUGUGUUCGCAGCUCUACAGCAUCAAUCCCUUCUCAGGGAGGAAGUGGUAGCGACGGGAGCGGCACUUUUAAGCGUUCCAGACUACCCCGCACUUCCCAAAAAAUCUGAUAUUACUGUCACAGACUGGCAUCAGAAGUUUGUAACUGUCGGUACGGAGCAAAGUGGGGUAUUCAAUGCGGUUACGAUUGAUACCAAACGAGCUGAAUCAUUUUUGAUUACUCAUGGAGCACAGGCUAUCCGCAAGCCUCUUAGUGCUUAUUUGGAACCUGGUCUGAAUGACAUUGUCCCAGGCACCGGAUCGCGGGGGGACCACAAAAAUCCGAAAGACUUAGGAGUAGCCCCCGAAAUUUACACGCCGCUGCCUCUCCGUACCCACACGCCUGAUGCCUUACGAAAGGUAGAAUAUCCGCGAGUACAAACCUGUCAUGAUAUGCCGGGAAAAUUUCCUAUCGAUCGAGGCCUAGAACUGGACAAAGAUGGUCUGCCAAUUGUUUGGAAUGUCGGCGAUACACUGACUCCCGACGACUUUCCGGAACAAGAAGUUCCAUUCUGUCCUGUGGAAGCCGAUCCCUAUCUGCCUUGGAUUCACGAUGUUUUCCCUAGUCCAGAUGGUACCAGAGUUCAUUUCAUCGCACAAAAUCGGCGGCGGUGUCGGACGGGUAAGAACUUCUCACGGGAGGUCAAGCGUCUCGCGCCACAAGUAGCGUUGAUGCAGUCUGUCAGUGUCGAGCGGAUCGACGAAGUCCGGGCGCGAUUUCUAGCGCCGAAGCUUUGGCAUCCGGAAUAUGUGAAUAACACUUCUUCUCCGCCUCGUUACCGCCUCGCCCCGUACGAGGAAGCAUCACCCGACGGAUUGUUCACUAGAUUUAUUUGUCGUUUCCAUGCCAUCGAUUUUUCAUCAGGCCACCCGAGAACUGUCACUUUAGGCGAAACCCUAAGCGAAUACCCUUUCAACUACGAAAUGGCUGCCUACCGCAAAGGCUGGUAUCGACUCUUGACGCCAAAAGGCAAGGAUAGUCGAUUUUUUUGGACAAGCAACCUUCGUUUUGAUUGUCCUCUCCCUUUAAACGCCACCUCAAUACACCGAAUGAUUUCUAGUGGAAACUCAAUCCUUAGCGACGGCACCCCGACUGUACACCUUGAUUUAGUUCCUAUUCGAUCCAGUGUGCGGUACAAUGAGCAUUACUUGACUGAAGACAUGAUUGGACCGAAAGAAAGAUGGGCCGCGAAGGGAUUCGAUCCUGGAAAGCAUUGGGGCAAACAAAGUGUGCUCCCACGAAUAGAGGCGAGUGGAAGAUGGGAAAACAUUCCAAUCUGCCAUCCACCAACACCCAACGGAGGCGAUGUUGACAAAAAGUCUUACGAGACACAUCCGAUCUUAGAAUCACCUUCAAAACCAUCGAAGCCAAACUUUCUGUCGGCGUGUCUUUGGGCGUCAGCAGAGUUCAAAACAAGAGGCGUAAAAAAAGGAGCCGACACAGAUACUAUUUCGCGUCUGAAGGAAUGGAUAGAAUUUCACUUGAUGGUGGGUUUCGAUCACAUUUAUGUUUAUGACAAUACCGGGGCCCAUACGAAUGCUACCUCAUUGGAGUCGAGCCUUGCUAAGUUUCCGGGCAGGGUGACACGGAUUGAUUGGCCGAGUAUCGUUUGCAACAACAAUAUACCAGCUCAUGACUCAACAGGAGAACGUUCCAGUCAGUAUGCUGCCGAAAAUAGCUGCCGAACUCGAUAUGCCCCAUUUACCGAGUGGAUUGCAGCCUUUGACACGGACGAGUACUUCGUGCCGAUGGGAAAUUAUACCAAUUUAAAAGAUGUCUUGCUGAAUGCUGGAGCUCAGGGUACCAACAUACUUUCCUUUCGGAGCUCGCGCGGCUACCUUCGCCAAGAACACAGUGUCAGUGUUGACGACGGAAGGGCCCUGGAAAAGUCCGAGAAUAAGACAUUUUUGGAAGCUUAUAACUGCGACUCUGCUGGUAGUCCCAAGCCGUCCUGGGCUGAACGCGCGAGAAAACAGAUUUACCGAGCAGACUACGUUCCGUAUCAUUUUGUGCAUUACUCGACCGUUACGAAAGGGCUACUAAAGGAGUACAAGGACCAGAUCAACGGUACAUGGUCAAGCAAGUUUGGAGAAAGAGCUCCAUCGGAGCGAGUUACAGAUGAGUUGCACGAAGCUGUCAUGGUACACACAAAGACUAUCAAGCGCGACAUGACCAAUCGUUACAAAAGACGAUGUCGCUUUGACUACGACAAGAAAUGGCAAGGUUGCACGGUUGCGUAUCCUUGGCCAAACGGUUCCGUAGGGAGUGGCAAGGAAACUUAUGAUGAAAACGGAAUGGAGUACAACUGUUUUGUGAACAGAAAAGUUGACGAUCAUUGGGUUCCCAAACUUCGUGAAGCGAUUCUUCAUCGUCGACUGGCACAGAACAGCUGA